AUGCCAUCUUCUCAAGUAGUUAAUAGUUAUGUCAAUGAAGGAUUCAAGGAUACAGCACAAAAAACUGAUUCUUAUCCACAAAAAGAACAUAUUAUAAAAAUGCGUGAUGGUGAUACAUUACAAAUUGAAAUGUCUGUUGAUGGAGCUCAAACAGUAGCACCAUUAUCACCGCGUAUUACAGUUACAUUUCAUAAUGUCUCUAAAGUUAUCAAUGUUCCAGCUAAAAUGAUCGAUCCAUCAUCAAAAGAACGAUUUAUUGAACGAAAAUUACUUGAUCAAGUUUCUGGACAAAUUCAACCAGGACAAUUAGCUGCACUUAUGGGUCCAUCAGGUUGUGGAAAAACUACAUUACUCAAUACUUUAGCUGGUCGAGCAUUGAAUGGUGUUACUGGUAAUGUAUGGUUUAAUAAUCAAAGUUAUGAAAGAAGUAUGAAACGAAAACUAGCUUAUGUUCUUCAACAAGAUUCAUUUUUUGAACAACUUACUGUUAAACAACAACUGACAUAUACCGGUUUACUUCGAUUACCCAAUCAUUUAUCUAAAAAAGAUAAGUUAACUCAAGUUGAACAAAUUAUUGAUCAAUUACGUAUUCGAGGGUGUGCAAAUACUCCUAUCACGUUAAUAUCUGGUGGUGAAAAAAAGCGUGUUAAUAUAGGAACAGAAUUAUUAACAAAUCCAAGUGUUAUUUUUCUUGAUGAACCUACAUCUGGUUUGGAUAGUACAUCAGCCGUUGCAUUAAUAGAUGUUCUUCGUGAAUUAGCUAUGCAGGGUAAAACAAUCGUUACUUCUAUUCAUCAACCUUCAUCACAAAUUUUUCAAUCAUUUGAUCAAUUUAUUCUUUUAGCUGACGGAAAAACUAUUUUUAUGGGUAAACCAUCGGAUGCUCUUCCUUAUUUUGCUACAUUAGGACAUCAUUCACCACCACAGUAUAAUCCAGCUGAUUAUGUUAUGGAUCUUGUUAAUCAAGAUAUGAAAAUUCGAGAAGAACUUAAAGAAGCCUAUCUUCAAAAUAAAAUAAAUACAAAUGUCAAAACUAUAUCUAAUCAAUUACAACAACAACAACAAUAUCAAUAUUCAACAGUUGGUAGACAAUAUCUAUUAGUCGAACCAUCUGGAGAUGUCGCAGAUCUAACUAAUCCAGAUAAUGUUAAUUUAAUUCCAGCUAAACAUGAAAGUAAAUGGCCAAUAGGAUUUUUACCUCAAUUAUUAAUUCUUACUUCACGUGCAUUUCGAUUAUCUGGAAAAGCUCAAUUUACGCGCCUUAGUUUUAUACAGGCAAUAUGUAUAUCUGUAAUAACUGGUUUAUGUUGGUUAAGAAUGAAUUUUGCUGAAAAUACAAUACCUGAUCGAUCAUCAUUUAUUUUUUUUAUAAUGGCAUUUUGGCCAUUAGAAACAUUAUUUAGUGGUUUAUUAUCAUUUCCAUCAGAACGUGGUGUUAUUGAAAAAGAACGUGCAAGUGGUUCAUAUCGUUUAUCAUCUUAUUUUCUUGCUAAAUCAUUAGCUGAAGCUCCAUUAAAAUUUAUUUUACCAACAUUAUAUCUUAUAAUUGCUUAUUGGAUGGCAAAUAUGAAUAAUAAUUUUGGUAUAUUUCUUGCUAUUCUUGGUUUUCAACUUUUAUCAAUUCUUGUUGCUGAAUCACUCGGUCUUUUUUUGGGUGCAACAUUUAAAAAUUUACUACAUGGAAUAACAGCAGCUACGAUACUUAUUAUGAGUUUAAUGUUAGUCGGCGGAUUUUAUGUUCGAAAUUUACCACAUUGGUUAGGUGUAUGGGGAAAAUGGGUAUCAUUUUUCAAAUAUUCUUAUGAUGCAUGUCUUCAAUUACAAUUUAAUGGUCGACAUCAUUAUAAAUGUGUAGAUGGAACAUAUGUACCUUCAUGUCGAAAUAAUCCUAAUGGUACAUUUGUUAGUGACGAGGCAUUACAAUAUUUUGAUAUAGGUCUUAAUGUUGGUCUAAACUUUUUAGUACUUUUCGGCAUGUUUGUUGUUUUUCGGUUUUUUGCAUAUCUUUCAUUACGAUUUGUAAACAAUAAUUCUGGCCGUACAUAA